AUGAAGCUGUCUUCUGUUACCGCUCUGGCUCUCACCUCGGGUGUUGCUGCUAUCCCGGUGGUUGAGCGAGGCAAUUACGAAGGGAAUAAACCAUAUCACCCUGAGCCUCACUAUCCUCCACCCAAGUAUCAUCAGCCAAAGCCUCACUAUCCGGAGCCUGGGCCUAAGCCAUACCAUCCUAAACCCAAGCCUCACUACGAGCCAGAGCCAAAGCCUCACUACGAGCCAGUGCCAAAGCCGUACCAUCCUAAGCCGAAGCCUCACUAUGAGCCUGAACCUAAGCCUUAUCACCCCAAGCCCAAACCUCACUAUCCAGAGCAUGAGCCUAAGCCAUACCAUCCUAAACCCAAGCCUCACUACGAGCCAGAGCCAAAGCCUUACCAUCCUAAGCCAAAGCCUCACUAUGAGCCAGUGCCAAAACCCUGGCAUCAGCCCAAGCCUCAGUACGAGCCCAAGCCUAAACCUCACUAUCCCGAGCCGAAGCCCAAGCCUCACUACCCGGAGCAUGAACCAAAGCCAAAGCCUCACUAUCCCGAGCCGAAGCCCAAGCCUCACUACCCGGAGCAUGAACCAAAGCCCAAGCCUCACUAUCCGGAACCAAAGCCUCACUAUCCUGAGCCCAAGCCUAAACCUCACUAUCCGGAACCUAAGCCUCACUACCCAGAGCCAAAGCCAAAGCCUCACUACCCGGAGCCUAAGCCCAAGCCUCACUAUCCCGAGCCCGAGCCCAAGCCCAAGCCUCACUACCCAGAGCCCAAGCCCAAGCCUCACUAUCCGGCGCCUGAGACAAAGCCCAAGGGUGACGGCCCUGGCCGAGGAUAG